AUGCCUCUCGGGAUCAACAAUCCGCUGCCCUCGUCUAUGAGUAGCGAGUGCAAGAAGGCCGCAAAGAUCUUGACUUCAUUCGUUGAUCCCAGACAAGCGUUCGGGCCUGACAAAGUCAUUCCUCCGGAGAUUUUGGCUGGCGCAAAGGGUCUUGCGGUCCUCACGGUCCUAAAGGCUGGAUUCCUCGGCUCCGGUCGGUUUGGAUCUGGUAUCGUCGUCGCUCGUCUUGCCGAUGGUUCCUGGUCAGCCCCAUCAGCCAUUGCGACUGCAGGUGCCGGUAUUGGAGGACAGAUCGGAUUCGAGCUGACCGACUUCGUUUUCAUCCUCAACGACGCCGCUGCUGUUCGCACAUUCUCACAGGUCGGGACAUUGACUCUGGGUGGCAACGUAUCGCUCGCUGCUGGACCGGUCGGUCGAAAUGCCGAGGCGGCUGGCGCUGCGAGUACGAAGGGUGUCGCUGCUGUUUUCUCAUACUCCAAAACUAAGGGUCUUUUCGCCGGCGUGAGUUUGGAAGGCAGUAUGCUCGUGGAACGCAAGGACGCCAAUGAGAAACUCUACCGCAAUCGCGUCUCCGCAAGCCAGCUUCUCACCGGCAGCAUUCGCCCACCACCGGCCGCCGAUGCUCUGAUGCGUGUGCUCAAUUCCCGGGCCUUCCAAGGUAAUGCACGGGCAUACGGUGACUCUAUGUACAACGACAUUCCUGUCUAUGACGACAGCCACGACGACGUUGUUUGGGAGGGACGGAGGGGCGAUGCGUACGGCCAAGGUCAGCAGCGGAGCCGAGCCAAUACCCACGAUAAUAGCUACGAAUACCGCGAUAAGCCGCGCCGUGCGAACACAUGGGCCGAUGAUGUUUACGAUCGGCCUGCCGGGGGUAGUCGUUCGGCCUCAAGCCAAUCCCCUGCUGAUUCAUGGGAUGGCUAUGGGCGUAGCCGCAGCAACACCGCGCCAUUCGAGGAAGACUAUGUGUAUUCUGAUCGUCGACCAACCCGUCCAACUGCCCCUAAGCCGGUUUUCCAACAAAAGACAGGUGCAGCCCAGCUGCGGUCAGAUCAGGCCAUUGCCCUUUACACAUUUGAUGCGGAUCAGGAGGGCGACCUCGGAUUCAAAAAGGGCGAAAUCAUUACCAUCAUAAAGCGGACCGAGAAGGCGGAAGAUUGGUGGACUGGUCGCAUUGGCGAUCGUGUGGGCAUCUUCCCGAGCAACUACGUUGAAGCCUCUUAG